AGCUGUUCCGACUCUGACCCUGAGGUGGAUGAUUCUCGCCUCCAGUCUCAUAAACACAAGAUGAAGAAAUGGUCCUCAUUAGCGCGGGGCAAAUUCGAGCAGAUGCUACUCGAAUGCAUCGUCAAUACAGAUAAAAUCCCGCCGAACUACGAGAACAUAUCUAUAGACCCUAAGACCAUUGGCAAGGUCGAAAGAGUCACAGCGAUGGGACUGACGAGGCCCAAGGCCUUCGGUCACGGCGUCUUAAAAAAUAACAAAGUCACCGGAGCUGUUCUCUACGGGCCGCCAGGCACGGGAAAGACACUGUUAGCAAAGGGAGUGGCUAAGCAGUCCGGCUUCAACAUGCUCUCGAUUUCUACCUCCGAGGUAUGGCAGAAGUGUCAUGGUGACGACGAGAAGAUGAUCAAGGCUAUCUUCUCCAUGGCGCGCAAGAUGUACCCAAGCAUUGUGUUCAUUGACGAGGCAGACGCUAUGCUAGGUGAACGCAAGGCAGGCGAGAAACGCCACAUCCGGGCCAUGCUGAACCAGUUCCUUAUGGAAUGGGACGGCAUCAUGAGCGGUACCGACUCGCCAUUCAUCUUGUUGGCCACCAACCGACCUAACGACCUCGACCCUGCCGUGCUUCGAAGGGCGCCUGCGCGCAUUCUCUUCAAUCUUCCAUCAAAAGUGGAGCGAAUGGGCAUAUUGCGUUUGCUUCUUGAGCAUGAGACUCUUGGCCCAGACAUCACCAUACCGACUCUAGCGAACCUAACGCCACAGUAUACUGGUUCGGAUCUUAAGAAUCUCUGUGUGACGGCUGCGACCGAAUGCAUUGGCGAACAGACUGUCGAUACCGACGAGCGCACCUUGACACGCCGGCAUUUUUUGGCUGCUAUGCAGACUAUCAAAGCUAUUACACUCAGCAAGACGAGAGAACAGGAUUUAGACAACUUCCAGAACAAUCGUCAGGAGCAGGGUGCGGCUGAAGAGUAGGCUGAUGCCUGAACGUAAUUAUUCUAAUUUCUAUCAGCCUUCGUCGUUUUGUCUGUCGUAGUAGAAUCUCAAUCUUUUUAC